CUUUCGUUGUCGUAGCAUGUUCCUUCGUCGUGUUAUUCCUAUCGCGAACGGAACACAGCACAGCAUUGUGAUAUUUUAGUGCAGCGAAGACGAGCGGCGCCCGUUUCGUGACGGGAUCGUGAUUGUGCUUUGUUGCCGCUGCGUAACCAGUCAUCCAUAUACGCCGUUGGUGUGUCACGAAAACCACAGUCCACAUCAGAAGAUUUCUCCCGUCGUCAUAAAACUACCAAAAAAAUUCUACACGCCAGUCCUUCCGGACCCGACAACCCAUUGGAACAAUCUCCAACGCGCAAACAAUGAUCAAAGAAGUCCUUCUUAAGCCGUCAGAAGAAGCAAGCGCAUCAGGUUCGACGAGAGAUCCUCAAUCAGGAUGGUGAUCCCGGGCGUAUCUCCCGGCGAGACCAUGUCCAACACGAGCGGUAAACUGAGAAGAUCUCGCAGAUUGUCUUCGACCAGGGGUUUGAAGGCGCGCCCGAGCGCAAACACAGCUGGGCAAGCGAUCCCCCGGCAAGAUCUCAAUCAAAAACUCGGUCUAUGUCCCAUAGCGAGCGGGAACGUGGCCGAUACAAACGGCCGGCCGGUAAUCAAUUGGGAAUUGAACGAAAGAAUCAGCCUGAGCAGCGGCUCCAGUCCCGGUCUGGCGGUACGACCGGACGCCAGGAAGGGGAUCGAGUUCAGCGGGAACCGCAAGAAGCCGGAAAUCGAUGUCUGCCCGCCGCCAGUCAACGGGAAUGUCAACGAUCGCCGCGAGAAUCGAAACGGCAAAGCUAGUCUGGAGCUGAUGAACGUGUCCGGCUUCAACCAAGACGUCGAAAAGAAACGACGCGGCUCCUGGACGAUCGACAUCGACGUGAUCAGCCGGCCAGAUGAAGAGAACGUCAUCAAAAGCGACUCGAAAUACGAAAUCGGGAUUCCUAGUGAAGGUUCAUCAGCGUCUAGAAAGUCUAAGCAGCGUCGUUCGGCUGUGUCCACUAAAGCUCAGAAGUCAGCUAGGAAUGAGGACGAAGAAGCAGCUAACGGCAGAUGGGGUAGAAAAAAGGUUGACAAAACGAACGACUCGAUUUCCAAGAGACUGGAGCUGAUUCACGAACUGAAUCAGAAGAUCUUGGCUAACUAUGAAAGAUUCCAACAGAAGUCGAAAAGGAAUCAUUCGAAAGACGCGCCGGACACAAAGGACACUGGAAGGAGUCGGGUGAUCUUGAACGAUGAUAAAGAAAGGAUAGAAGAUCGUCAGUAUGCAGAAGUGAAACGUAAGAACCGAGCAAAAUCGGAAUGUGUGGUAGAUAAUGGCGAAGACUGCCUGAUACAAAAGGGACUGGACAUCAACAAAUUCACAUUCUCCAAAGACCACUGCGAGAAGCUGAUCAGUUCGAAGGACACUGACAAGCGACGAACGAAGACCUUGUCGAGACCCAGAGUUCCCUGUGAUAAUGAGAACUUCAUCAUGGCUGCGAAGCCAGGGUUUUACGGAGACGAUAAAACCCAAAGAAUCAACCCGAGGAAGGAAUGGUGCCCGCGAUCGAGGAGGAACGAGGAAACGCGUGGCGAAUCUUCGGUUUUUUACGCGAACGAUUUCUCUGGGAGGCACGUAGACGCCAGCACGAUCAGUGAGGACACCGAUUGUCUGGGGAGCUCCGGCUUGUACCCAGAGAGCUACACCAAUCGGUCUAACGAAGUGAAAAUCGAUGACGCGGAUGGGGCCGCGAUGGAACGGCCAGGUGAUACCAAGGAAAGAGAAACACGUAACGCGACCGGGAUCGACCAGCGUGACGCGGGACCGUCCGUGGAGGGCCAGAUCGAUCAGGAAGCCCUGGAGCACGAGAUCCUGGAGAAUCUCGACGAGACCAUCGACAGAUUCGAUAACGAACGACCGCAUGCUACCGAACAGGCUGCCGAGGAGCAGGUUGACGAUAAGAAGAUCGACAGCUUCAGCAGCGAUUCUAUCGAGAUAGAUGGGCCUUUAAACAAUAGCGGCUGCUCGAAAGUGGCUAGGCUUCAGGAGACCUUCAAUUCCUCGUGGGAUUCCGGAGUUGGCGCGGACGUCGGCACCGGAAGCGGAUGGGUUAGGAUCCACACGGGGAUCGAGAGCAGUCUCGUCUAUCUUACUCUAGAUACCACCGCGAAAGACGUCUGCAGGGACAUGCUGUUAGGCGACGACUUGUCUCUGUUUAUUCAGUACGGCGGGGAGGCAGGGAGGAGAUUGGCUUCGCAGGAGAAGCCACUCGAGAUACAGGACCAAUUUCUCCAAAAGCUCGGAUACCAGGACGUAUCAAGACGGUCCCGACUGGGAGUCGAUCCUGAAUUACGACACCUCGUUGCUUUCCACGUGGGACCCGCAUCGCCAUUACCAGAUCUGGCAGGAUACAGUCGUUGCGGGUACGCGCUCGUGCUGAAGGGGUUGGUUUUUCCCCAGUGGAAGAGGCGACCCUUGGCUGUCAUCGGAUCCAGGCUCUUCCUUUACCCGGCCUGUCCGGACUCGAGGCCGGAGUGGAUGGAAUUGGGCGGCGGCGGGGGUGCAGUGUGUUAUGCGCCGUCACGGCUAGGUAAACUGGUGCUGCGUAUCACUGGAUUUCCAAGGGUCACUCAGCAGUGUCAUCAAACUCAGCAACAAGAGGAUAGUCAGCAUCGCGAGACCAGACACUUGUACCUCGGUUUUCAUCACCCCUGGGACAGAGAUCUGUGGAAAAGUUGGAUUAAACAGGCUAUACAAUUGUCAUCGUACCCAAAGAAGCUGGAUCUUAGCAACGGAGGACUGUCGAGAAUUCCUGAGAGUGCUAUAGCAUUCCCCGCCAUUGAAGAACUAGUAUUAAGCCAAAAUCAACUUACAAACGCCAACAACAAUUUAAUACUUCUACACAGAUUUCCGAAACUUCAUAUCCUUCAUCUGGAGAGCAACGAACUGAAGAGAAUUCCACGGGAAUUACUGGAGCUCAGGGGGCUAACUUACCUCAAUGUAUCAGACAACAAAAUCGAGAAGAUUCCGGCUGACAUAAGCCAGCUUAUCAAUCUGAAAGAGUUAAUCCUAGAUCGUAAUGGAAUCAAACAUCUGCCGCACGAACUCUGCGAGCUGAAGAAUUUGAGAAAUAUUUCUUUAGCUGGAAAUUACCUCAGCAAUCUGCCGUCCUUCUUCAACAUGCGAGCCCUCACGCUAACGGAUGUUUUACCAAAGGCCGAUCAUAAUAAAACUUACAAAGACGAAAGAAGCAAUCAAAAUAAUUUGUAUAAAGUCAACUUACGAAAUAAUCAGUUGAAGGGAAACAUUAUUUUAGGAAAUUAUGGAAAUUUAACGCAUCUAGACGUCAGUGAAAAUAGCAUUGAAAAACUGAACAUCAGUGCUCUUCAAGAAUUAAGAAGCAUUCGUUGCGCACGAAAUAUUUUAACAGAACUGACAGUCUGUGGAAGAAACCUUGUUUCCCUUAUUGCUGGAAAUAACAAAUUAAAAAAAUUGACUAUAGAACCUAUACCAGUAAACCUCGAGCACCUAGAUGUUUCUUAUAACAAUUUAGAUGCCCUUCCAGAAUGGACACCGGAUUUGCCAGUGCUACGUGCCCUUUUUGCUUCUCACAAUGCUUUGACAGCCCUCCCAGACAGACUGCUAACCCAACCGUCCAGGCUAGAGGUUCUUCAUCUACCUCACAAUAGGCUGCAGGCUUUACCACCGCCCAGGAAACCCCUAAAUAUCGUUCACCUGACAUUGCAAGACAAUGCAUUGACGGUUCUACCGACGAGUUUUUUCGCCAAUACCGAAAAAAUGAAGGUUCUUAAUCUCUCCAACAAUCGAUUAUCGGAACUUCCUUCGUUGGCGGAUGGAAAUAAAAACCGAUCGACCAACCAUUGCUUAGAGAAAUUGUAUCUUACCGCAAAUUGUUUAACGGACACCGCUUUGGACACUCUCGCCAAAUUAAAUUCCCUAAGGGUUCUUCAUAUAGCAUACAACACUUUGGAUACCCUUCCUGAAAGUUGCACAGCUUCAUGGAGGGACUUGGAGGAAUUAGUAUUAUCCGGAAAUAGACUUCAGUACCUGCCGGACAACGUUGGCAAUUUGCGUCAUUUGCGUGUGUUACGAGUUCAUUCUAACAGACUUUUAACUUGUCCAACGUUUAAUAAAACAACUUCAUUGAAGGUAUUGGAUUUAGCCCAUAAUCAAUUGGACAGAGUAAAUCUGGCUACUUUAGUGCCACCCCAACUACAGUUUUUGGAUAUAUCCUGCAAUUCAAGACUCCAUGUGGACCCUAGACAAUUCCAAGUAUACAGAUCCCAACGACCGAUAUCAUUAGUCGAUGUAUCGGGACAGAAUAGACCAAGUCUACCUUCUCACCCUCAUCAACAGGAGAUUGUAUCCACGGAAAAGGGUGCGGAACAGCCGUGGAGAUUAGGAUUUUCAGAAACAGCGGGCUCCAGGGAACGAUUAUACGUUUCACAAGUCAGAAUGCCAUCGUUCUGCAACGUGGAAGGGUUGUUCGGUAUAUUCGACGGCGGCUCCAACCAAGAAGCGCCUAGUGCGCUUCAAGAAAUGAUACCGCGCCUCUUGUUAGAGGAGCGAACCGUCCGGGAAACAUCGAAAGAAUAUUUAAAAUAUACGCUGCUGUCGGCUCACAGAGAGUUGAAGGAAAAAGGACAGAAAUAUGGCAUCGAUACGACUCUGGUUCACAUUGUCAGAAUUCAUCCCCAACAAGGUUACUCUAAAGCGCCAAUGAGAUAUUCUUUGAAAGUCGCUUCUUCCGGGGACGCGAAAGCUGUUCUUUGCAGAGCAGCUGGCCCAUUAAGUCUGGCCCCGCCCAAAAAAGUUCCCGUUAAAAAUCAGCUAGGAAACGCGGCCAUGUUCCCUUUAGUAGUUCCCGACCCAACAUUCGAAGAGGUCGAUUUAGAGGAUGACGACGAGUUCGUGAUAAUUGCGAACCGAAGAUUAUGGGAAGUGUUAAGCAUCCAGGAAGCCGUGCGAGAAGCCAGGGCAGAAGCUAGUCCGGUGUUAGCUGCUAAAAGACUGCAGGACCUGGCACAGGCUUACGGUGCAGAAGACAAUUUGAGCAUCGUGGUCGUUCGAUUAACUGGGCCGAAUCAGGGCGAUUUGGAUCAAGUUAUGAGAGAGCUCAGACACGCUGUCGGAAAAAAUAGAAACCAAACGGACGGCGUUUGUCCUUGCCCUUGUUGCGUGCCGCCGGCUGCGCAUAAGCCACCGGGACCUUGCUGUUGUCAUGCGAAUGAGGGUUAUUACCUGAAUGGCGUAUUGAAAAGUAUAGUAAACAGGUCCAACAAAGCUCAUAACGGAUCCGGCAGGUAUUUCAAGAACCGUCGACCUGCUCAAGAAAACGAAAGCCCGCCGUACAAGGAUGACAGAAGUUCGCCAAGCGGGCAAUCCGAUCAAGCCAGCGAUAGCACUUUUAAAUCGAGACAUCCGUCCGGUAGGGUCUGGUCCGGAAGCGCGGCAUCCAGGGCCACGAACAAAGCCAGACAAACCGUCUUGGUACACGAAAACGGAGGAAGGAAGGUUUCAAGUUUCGGGGCACAAGAGGACACCGUCUCCGAGAGAUCCGGCGCCUUGAGCGAGGAGCAGUUUCGCUGCUGGGAAUAUAUGCUCGAGCAGAAUACUCAGCUCUUAUUCGACAAGGAAUUGGACACUUUAUCGAGGACCCCAUUGCGCCGAGGUCAAUCGAGAUCCACCCCUCAAUUAGGAGGCAAUUUGCCUUUUCUAUCGAAGAGAUUCGGAAGCGCUAGAUCCUUUAAUCCUUCCCUUCCGCGGCCACCUAUCGUACGAUUCGGCAGCGGUAGGAGAUUACUGAAUGGAGGACCAAAUGCGGCUUACUUCGGCAGCCUGCAAAGGUUGAUGCCGUAUAAUCUAGAAUACGAUUUCGCCGUCAUUCAAGAAAGAAACGGAUUGGACUCCCUGGAACAGGAUACCACACGGAUGCAACAAUAUUGGGGGGUAGCCACGACCGAGCUCUGAUGCGAAACGAUACGCUUCCGGUUUUGAAAUUGUGAUACGGUGUUGAAAGAUGUACGUUAUCAGUAUUAAUGGCCAAUACGAAACACCAACGUGUUUAUCACAUUUUUUAAUGAGGAAUCGAAAUUGAGGUGUACGUUAAGACGAAAUACAUAAGUGUCUAGAUGAAUCGUGUGAUUGGUUGAAAGAUCAGUAGACUAUAAUUCAUCGAAUGAAAAUAUUGUUGCGUAACAGCAAUUAUCAGUUUUCAUGUUACUCGACAAUUUUUUGUAAUAGAUGGAAACGAUUAAUUUCAUUAGAAUCUUUAAUCGUAAGAUUUAUAAAGUGAUAUGAAUUUCAUGUUCGAAACUUUUAUGAAAUUAUUUAAUCAUUUGAAUAAUGAAAGGGAUAAAAACUGUUUUUCUAUUGUAAUUGAAUAAGUGGUUGUUGUUUAAGUAAGAAGCCAACCUUUUAUACUGAACAAAUUAUUAAGUAUAAAAUGUAACAUGUAAGUGUAUAUAAAUAUAAAUAUCUUUAUAAUUAGGAACGACAUUAAUUAUACACGAGGAAGCUUUAACAAACAUUGUACUUAAAGAUUAUGCGUAAAUCAUUUGAAUAUAUAUGAUUAAAAUGUAAAUAUAUACGUAUAUGUCGAAAACAAUUGGUUAAGAUAUAUUAUCGUAAAAUCAAACUACAAACAUUUAAACAUUUUCAUGAUGUAUCAUUCUGUUCGAGUAAUGAAUGAAACGAUCUCACGGUAUUUAUACGGAAAUCGUGAUUAUGUAUAGUAAGUUGGAGAAAUUAAUUAAGAAUAAUACUAAAAUAAAUCUUUCUUAAAAUGAUAACACAAAAAUACAUGGAUCGUGUAAUAGUAGAUUCUUGAUUUCACGUAAAUAUAUUUUUGUACCGGAACAAAGUGGCGACUUUUGUACCUGAAGUUACGAAAUAAGCGAUCGAAGCGACAAAACUUUUGCAUUUUACAGUGAAAUAAAAUUACAAAUUGAGAAUUGAUAUCCUGAUUCAUUGACCCGAAGCAAGUAAAUCAUAUAAUCGUUUCGCAAAUUUUUCGAAUCUAGGGUGAUAAAUUAACAGACAUGAAUUUCCAAACAUCAUUCAUUAUCUCUGUUUUUCCGCUAUCUAAUGUCUUAAUGGUGACCUUGAUAAGCAUUAUCUUAUUUGUCGACCAGUAUGAAACUAUCCGUCUACCGCAAUGAACUUUUUACGGAGUCGUUGAAACAGAUUAAAAGAUAUGGUUGCAAAGAAAAGUAAACACAUAUGUACUUUCUUUUAGUUUGUAUCACUAUUGUACGUCUAUAAAUAACACGAUGUAAAUUGUUCUUUUUUCGACAUAAAGUUCGGAGCAAUACAAUUUUCCGCAUUAACAUCAAUAAUAAACAAUUCAGCAUAAAGCUUAAAACAAAAACUUGAUCAAGUCUUUAUUCAGAAGAUAAACUUACUCCGAUGA